CAGCGCCACGUGUUGGUGACAGGUACAGCACCUGCUGCUGCUCGGAGUGCGUCAGCCACUAAUAGUGAGGACAUCGUGGAACAGAGGAAGGAGGAGCUAUCAAAGAGAGAGGGAGAGCACAACUGCAGUCUCCUCUGAUGUGGUUGUAAAAGACACAAGGGGGGGGCGAGAAAGAGAAGAGUCCUGAGAGAGACUGGUCACCUUGCUUUAUACACAGACGCCUUCCAGCAGCAUCCUUACUCUCACAUUCAUCUUCAAACACACUCCGUUUUUAUCACUCCUUUUGAUCAGCACCGUCACGACUCAUCUCCAUCUGGAGCCCAGAAGGGGAAGCCCCCCCGGCAGCAUCAUCACGACAUCUGCCAUUCCUCUUUCAGAAAGCCUCCCAUACGUCACAUCGCCCGGUGUGCCUUCGCUCAGCUCGCAGCCUGGACCGACGUCCCCCCCCGCGUUACCCCUGAUCAAAAAUGAGGAAGGGACCCAGUAGUCCGGCUCAGACGGGACAAAAUCAGGAGAAUGAAAAGGAGGUGUGGUGGGAGAGGGAGGAAAAGGAAUGGCAGCACAGGAGGGCUGAGAAGAAGCUGCUGGCCUUCUGGAUGUCCUUGUCCCACAGGACCUGGACUUUCUUCAGGCCCCGUGAGAGACCGUGCUUCCAGCGCUCCGCCUCGGCCGCCCGGCUCCUGAAGAGUGAGGCAUGAGGAGAGAAAGGGCGUUUGUGUGUGUGUGUGUGUGUGUGUGUGUGUGUGUGUGUGUGGAGAUCUGUCAUUCGCAUAGUGACAGAAUAGGCCGCACAGACCUGCUGUCAAGUGGACCUGUGUGUGUGUGUGUAUGUGUGUGUGUGUGUACGUGCGUCUUAGUAUGUGUGUGUGCUUGAAGUGUUUGAUAGCAGCUUCCUCUGCCUAUAGUCCACCAUUUGCAAAAGUACUUUUAGUUGCUGCCCUACUUGUGCUGGAGAGACAAGUGAAGGGCAAAACAAACUUGUUAAAUCGCUCUUUGUUGCGCGUAGAAAACCGUCUCAGCAACAAAACCAUCGUCUGUGACUUUUCAAAGGAUUUCAAAGAGCCUGAAGAGAGGUGAAGACAUCUCGAGGAAAGAAAUCCCAAAAAAGAAACUUGUCUUCUCUUCGUGGAUCAUUUCAUCCUUAUUCUCAAAUCUGCUUGACUGAUUCAACAACAGGCUUUGAAAAACAGCUUUGUGACCCUCCUCUCACAUACGGACACUUUUACAGACUAAGUAAUGGGUUAACACGGAGCAGCCAUGGUGGUGACCCAUCUGGCCCUCGAGCUGCGUUUCCAGGGGAAUAAGCUGAGGGGCUUCACGUGCAAACUGACCCGCUCGGCCCGUGGCGUCCUCCCCGAGAGCUCAUGGGCCAUUGCCUUCCAAGUCCUGCUUCCAUACCUGGUGUCCGGCCUGGGCAUGGUGGCAGCCGGGAUAGUCAUGGAUAUAGUGCAACACUGGUUGGUGUUCCAGGAGAUCUCGGAGGUGUUUAUCUUGGUGCCGGCCCUGGUUGGGCUGAAGGGGAAUCUGGAGAUGACAUUGGCAUCCAGACUGUCAACUGCAGCCAACACAGGGCAGAUGGACGAGGCUCAGCAGAAGUGGAGGAUGGUGAUCUGUAAUCUGGCUCUCAUUCAGCUCCAGGCCACAGUGGUGGGCUUCCUGGCAGCCGUUGCAGCGGUGGGUCUUGGGGUUCUGACCCGAGGGAGACUGAAUAUUAUCCAGGCUUCUGUCCUGUGUGCCAGCAGCGUCACCACGGCCUUUAUCACUGCACUGUCUCUAGGUCUGGUGAUGGUGGCGGUCAUUAUUGGAUCCAGGAAAGUGGGCAUCAACCCAGAUAAUGUGGCCACGCCCAUCGCCGCCAGCCUCGGAGACAUCACCACUCUGUCUUUGCUUGCCGGGGUCAGCAGCCUCUUCUUCAGCUAUAGAGACAUGUGGUAUUUGCCUCCUGCCACGUGUUGCUUCUUCCUGAUCCUUAUCCCACUGUGGUUCACAAUCGCUCGUCACUCUCCAUCAAUCAGAGAGAUCCUCAAGUCAGGCUGGACACCGGUCAUUUUGGCCAUGUCAAUCAGCAGUAUUGGUGGUGUGAUUCUGGAUAACACGGUCAGCAAUCCAGACUUUGAGGGCAUGGCCGUGUUGACUCCAGUCAUAAAUGGUGUAGGGGGGAAUCUUGUGGCCAUCCAGGCCAGCAGGAUGUCCACCUAUCUCCACUACUGGAGUGUUCCUGGGGUUCUUCCAUCAGAAACGAGUGGGAACUGUCCUGGACCAUGUGCUACCUUCUGCUCCUCAGAUGUGAACUCCAAAUCGGCCCGAGUCCUGGUCAUACUCGUAGUCCCCGGUCACCUCCUCUUCCUGUACUUCAUCCACCUCCUGCAGGGAGGCCAUACCGCCAUGACUCCCACCUUCAUCAUCUGCUACCUGUCUGCAGCUCUGCUUCAGGUGGUGAUUCUGCUGUAUGCGGCCAGUCUGAUGGUGCGAUGGCUGUGGAGAAGGGGACAGGAUCCAGACAACUUCUCCAUCCCUUACCUCACAGCUCUGGGAGACCUGUUGGGGACCGGCUUACUGGCUUUGAGCUUCAGACUGAUUCUGAUGCUCAGUUCUGCUAGGACUGGAGUUUGAUCCUUACCUGUGGGUUUUUUACUUCUUGAAUGUAACGUUCAAUAUAUGCAAGUGGCUGAAAUAAGCUGCAUAGAUCACAGAAAGAAACAGAGCGUAAUUAUAGGAUUAUAUUUGUGCCACAUUACUGUACCCAUAAUGAGACAAACACAUGUUUUUUUGCAUUUGCCAAGAGUGAUUAUGCAAGAAUAAUUCAAUUUUAAACAAAAAUGGACUUCAGCUUGUACAGCGCUUUUCUAGUCUUCUGACUCCUCAAAGCGCUUCAACACAGAAGGUCACACCUACACAUUCACACACUGAUUGUAGAGUUUGCUAAAGUGUCCAUCAGUAUUAACAAAUCCCAUUCAUACCGAUGCUUCAGCGAGUUAAGUGUCUUGCCCAAGGAUACAUCGGACAUGUGGCUGCAGGAGCCGGGGAUCGAACCCCUGGCCUUCCGGUUAUGAGACAACUGAUUCUACCGACUGAGCCACAGCCGCCAAAAAAAAACCAUUAAUGAUUAUAGAAUGCCUUGGCUGUGAAGGUGGAGCAACUUGGUGUCCCAUACGGGUCUAUUUAGUAACUUGUUCAUGUGUCAUUGUAUAGAAAGCCAGAGAAACUGUUAAAGACUGAUGUUAUGAUUUUGUGCUCACACAGGUGCAGUAAAUGUAGCAAACACGCACAUAUGUUAAUUGAGCACAGGCUAGUUUUGUCGGCAAAAAUUACAUUAUUUCAUUUUUUGAUAAUUUCCACAAAAUAUGACUUGCACGCACAGCAGGGAGGUUCCUGGUUCAAAUCCCCGUCAGACAGGAGCCUCUCUGUGUGGAGUUUCCAUGUUAGUGCAUUAGUGGGUUCUCUCCAGGUGCUCCUGCUUCCUCCCGCAGUCCAAAGACAUGCUCGUUAGGUCAAUUGUUGACUCUUAAAUUGCUGGUGUGAAUGUGAGUGUGUCUGGGUGUGUGUCUCUAUAUAAUCAGCCCUGUGAUUGACUGGUGAACAGUCCAGGGUGUAACCCCGCCUCUCACCCAGUGACAGCUGGGAUCUACUCCAGCCCCCCUGCGACCCUAACCGGGAAAAAGCGGUAAAGAUAAUGGAUGGAUUGAUGACUUAUGUGCUCGAAAGCAUCAUUAUCUCUCCUCCAAACACCACUUUUUUUGUCAGGAUUGAGGCACAAAUAUAACAGUGUGUGGAUAAGAAGAACCACUGGGCUCAGAAUAGAAGUUAUGAGGGGAGGAAAGUGACUUAUUUUGCACUUUAUUCUCCACUCUAUUGUUGUCAGUAUAUUUUGUACACCGUUCCCUGCAGGUUCCCCCAGCUUGGCUCUGCACAGAAAAAGGCCUUUAUGUACACUGUUGAUGUUGUAACGCUGUAAAACAACUGUAUUGUUAACAUCUGUACACCUGCUGUCAGCUCCUACAUGUUAGAUGGCAAAUGAUUGAUGUAUUAAAGCAAUAAUAAUAAUUAUCAUCUAGCAAUUUAGAGUAAAUGUUUGUGAAUAUUAAUCCAAUGCUGCAGUUUGCAUAUGAAUGUUAGAUUUGAUCCUGUUUGGUCCAUGUUCAUGUUUUUGUGCCUCUGAUGUGUUCACAUGGAAUCUGAGUUUGAUGCUGCACAAUUUCUACCGAGUAUUUUACGUUUUGCACAGCACGGUGCCCGUGAAUAUAAACGGUUGCACUCACCGUCUCUCUGUUAGUAUGUGCUCAAGGGAUUUGACAUACAGAUGUUGUACUUGUUUUGUGAACUACUGAUUAAGAUGUCUCUGUAUGAAGCCUUUUUUGUUGUUUGAUAUGCACUUUUAGAUAGAUAUGUGUCUUUAUUAAUCUGAAUAUAGCAUCCAAAAGGUGGUGAUAAUAAUAAUAAGCUUGAGUGGACUUUGUAGUGCUCUCACAUUUGUAAAAACUUCUAGAUGACAUCUUUGCAGGCAUGACUUGUCACUUCAAUAAAGACUGACAAUAUGAGUCAUAA